AUGAAAUCUUUUGACAACAUGCGUGUCAGUUUGUUUCUGUGUUUUUUAGCUGCGCUUACGCAGGCCCAACGUAAUGGUCCUGAACGACGGUUUGAAUUUAAAGCAAGAGAAGAAAAAGCCGACGGAACCAUCAAUCAAAUAGUUUUCCAAACCCUCUCAGCAGUGAAGAAGCAGAUCGAUGAUAUGGCUGCGGACGUCAAAAAAAUUAAACAAAAAUGUGACGAAAAAAUACACAAAGUCGUUAAAAAACUUGGUGCGAUUGGUGACAAUUUAGAUACCAAACAUUUAAGCAAAGGAGAAUCAAAGCUGUUAAAUCAAGUGAUGGUCGAGGGUAUUGCUGUUGAAGCAAUGAGGUUGACAGGAGAUGUUCAUGAUCAAAUGAUGAAAACAUUGGAUAGAGAAAAUGCACCUAUGGCAGCAAAAGUGCUGGUCGCGCAAGUUGUGACAGAGAAAUUAAGUGACGACACCAAGAAGGAAAUCAAAAAACUAGUAAACGGAAAACAGGAUCCGGAUGACGACGUUGGAGUCGCAGACACAGAGCCUCUGACCCCUGAAGAAAUUGACGGUGAGGUCAUCGGGGUCACUGACGACGACCAGGAUGGCAACGGCAACGAACAGACAGACGAAGACGUUGUUGAGUUACAGGAAUAUCCAAUGGACGGCAAUCAGGAGCAGGCCGUUGACGACGAAUCGACAUCGACAGACGACAGCGACAGCGGACCACAAAAGAUGCAAGGAAAUGGACUCGGAUACGGCUCCAAGAAAAAGAUGUGUCUGUUUACACCCCGCAGUAGACAGUACUGCCUUAGUCAGGAGAAGGCUCUCUGAGGACUGAGUGCCUGGUGGAUUCUACUGCUUCAUUUAUUAAGUCGAGCAUUCAAUAAAUAAAUAAAUAACUUUA